GACCAGGCCCGGCGGGAGGGUGCACCCGUCUACGUACACUGCAGAGCUGGCAAGUCGAGGUCCGUUUCGGUGGUCAUUGGAUGGUUGAUCCACGAGUACAAGUGGCCCCUCAAAAAGGCGUACGAGUUUGUGAGUGAGAGGAGAAAAGAUGUCAGCCCGAAC